AUGAGUGGACGUCGAGGAAGGCCGCUGACACGCGCCCGAGGCAACCGAGCAAUUCUUGCUCCAGGUCCUGCUCCCAUUUCGGAGCCUGCACCUGUACCUAACCCUACACCACCCCCAGCACUGCCUACUCUUACAGAUUCAGUGGCAGAGUUACGCCAAGAGGUUAGUGAGUUGAGGGGCACGAUGGCUUCCAUGUUGAGGCAUUUCGAGGAUUUCAUGGCCCAUCAGGGCAGGCCAGGACAGGCGCUGCCGGUAGCAGGGAAUGAGCCAGUCUUACAAGAAAAUGCCAUCAAAUUCAGAGGGAGAAACGACGUUCUGGUUGCAGAAGAGUGGCUGAUGGCAAUAGAGAAACAUCUGCGGACCAUAGGAUGCACUGAUGCACAGAAGGUACAGCUGGCCACAUACCUAUUUCGGGGAGCAGCUGAGAGCCAGAAGACAUACGAGUUCAUCGAGUUGACCCAGGGCAAUAUGUCAGUGGCUCAGUAUGAGGAGGAGUUCACCUCCCUAGCACGCUUUGCCCCCAAGUUAGUAGACACUGAUGAGAAGAAAGCGACCAAGUUCUUGAGAGGGCUGCGAGUGGAGAUUCGAUUUCAGCUGGCAGGUGCGCAGUUCACUGACUAUUCUACACUGGUACAUCGAGCAUACAUCAUUGAGAGGGAGAGGAGCGAGCUGAGAGCAGCCCUGGAAGCUACUAGGGGGUUAGGCUCAGCCCAGGGACAGGGCAAUGACAGGAAGAUGAAGGGUGCACCAGGGCCUUUGAGAGGCGCGCCAAACAUCCCCCCAUGCAAGACAUAUGGAAAGAGGCAUCGUGACCCAUGCCGCUACGACAGAGGGGUGACAUGUUACACUUGUGGUCAGGCAGGGCACGUACAGAGGGACUGCCCUCAGGGGUCAGGUAGAGCAGGCAGCCAAGAGGUGACAUGUUUUAAAUGUGGGCGCAUGGGUCAUAAGGCCAACGUUUGUUCAGUGCCACCCCAGCGAGGAGGCCGAAGGCCGGGGUAUCAGAGUGAUAGAUCUGGGCAGAGGCAGUCAGUGCCUAGACUUCAGGGGAUGGCAUCAUCAUUGGCACUACCACCAGGACAGAGCACCGCAGAUGCUGAUAGACCCCACAUCCAGGGGCGAGUGUUCGCCUUGACUACAACUGAAGCAGAGCAAGGGAAAGACACAGUGCAAGGUAUCUUAUCCUUAUAUGAUAUUGAUGUUUGUGUUUUAUUUGAUACGGGAUCCACACACUCUUUUGUUACACCUCGGGUGGUAUGUCAUAUUCCAAUUUCCAGUACAUUGUUACCAUAUUAUUUGAUUGUGACUACUCCGGGAGAUACGAAAAUGGUGGGUAGUGAGGUGUAUAGGGAUUGUAAAAUCAUGGUGCACGAUAAGGAGUUUCCGGGGAAUUUGGUGGUGCUAGACAUAAAAGAUUUCGAUCUUAUUUUGGGCAUGGACUGGCUAUCCCAACACUAUGCUAAGGUUGAUUGUCGGCACAAGGUAAUUCAUUUUGAGUUGCCUCAUCAGCCAAUUGUUGUGUAUAGAGGCAUUAAACCAAUGAGCUCCACACCCUUGAUUUCGGUGAUGAAGGCGGAGAAAUUAAUGCGACAUGGUUGCGAGGCAUAUUUGGCUUUAGUGACGACUGGUAAGGAGGACAAAGUGGAAUUGCCAGAUAUUCCGGUGGUCUAUGAAUUUCCCGAUGUAUUUCCUGAAGAGUUGUCAGGAUUGCCGCCAUCGAGGGAGGUUGAGUUCUCUAUUGACUUAGUACCAAGUACGCAGCCAGUUUCUAGGGCUCCUUACAUGAUGGCUCCAAAUGAAUUGAAAUAG